UGGGGCACGCAUGGAGCUUCAAACAAUCUUUCGCCCUGCCUCUGCAGGACUUUUGCAAAUUUCGAUGUGCCAUCAGUUAUGUAAGCAGAAGAAUCAGUAUAGAUUUUGUUUAGGAAAUAAAGUGGUGGGGUUGAGAAGUUUCCACAAGCGUUUGAGGCCAGAAUUAAACUAUUCUUCAAAAUGUGUUGGUGCUUCUAAUUCUUUUUCAAGUGGUGUUAGCGAAGAUCCAUAUGUACCCCCUUUGGAUACACAACUAUUUGACGCGAAAGUGAUGUAUUGUGUAGCUCCUGCUAUGGGCCAUAACCAGGAGUCACAUCCGGAAUCGCACUUUAGAGUCCCUGCAAUUGUGAAUGCUCUUGAAAAGAUGGAGCUCACUUCAAAGUACCGUGGCUCAGAGGUCAUUGAACUUAAAAAUUUUAGGCCUGCUUCAGUAGAUGAUAUUGCAAGUGUUCAUGCAAGGGCUUAUGUAUCAGGUCUUGAGAAGGCUAUGACUCGGGCAUCUGACGAAGGUAUUAUCUUUAUUGAUGGAUCUGGACCAACAUAUGCUACUUCAACUACAUUUCAGGAGUCACUCAUUGCAGCUGGAGCGGGGAUUUCUUUAGUUGAUUCAGUGGUAGCAGCAUCAAAGAUCAACCAAAAUCCACCUGUGGGUUUUGCUUUGAUAAGGCCCCCAGGUCAUCAUGCUAUUCCAAAAGGACCAAUGGGAUUUUGUGUUUUUGGAAAUGUUGCUGUUGCAGCUCGUUAUGCUCAACGAGUUCAUGGAUUAAAGCGGGUUUUUAUCAUUGAUUUUGAUGUUCACCAUGGGAAUGGAACAAAUGAUGCUUUCUAUGAUGACCCAGAUAUAUUCUUCCUUUCAACUCAUCAGGUUGGAAGCUACCCUGGGACCGGUAAGAUUGAUGAGAUUGGUCAUGGUAGAGGUGAGGGAACAACAUUGAACCUGCCCUUACCAGGAGGCUCGGGUGACACUGCUAUGAGAUCUAUUUUCGAGGAAGUCAUUGUACCAUGUGCCCAAAGGUUCAAGCCAGAUAUCAUUCUCGUUUCUGCAGGUUAUGAUGCUCAUGUGUUGGAUCCGCUAGCCAGCCUGCAAUUUACUACAGGAACCUACUACAUGCUUGCAUCAAACAUCAAGCAACUUGCGAAAGAGCUGUGCAAAGGCCGCUGUGUGCUUUUCCUGGAAGGUGGGUACAAUCUACAAUCUCUCUCAUAUUCUGUGGCAGACUCAUUCCGGGCUUUUCUCGGUGAACCAAGCUCAGCGUCUGCGUUUGAUGAUCCUGCCAUCCUGUAUGAGGAACCUUCUAAUAAGGUGAAAGAAGCAAUUCAGAGAGUCAAAUACAUACACUCCCUUUAAACAUAUCUGCAUAUAAAUCUAUCCAUAUUUUUACUCCAUUGUUUCUUAUUUAUUAAAGAAACGUAUUAUUGUUGUAUUCCGAUGUUUAUGAUUGUGUAUAUGGUAUACUUGGUAUGUGACAUUGUGUAUACCACAUUACCUUGUCAAAUUUUGUAUAGUUUGAAUAUGUAAAAAGUACAGAUCCAUGAAGUGAUAAUCUACAUUUAUGUAUU